CCCAGCUCCGGCCCGCCUCACUCGGUGCAGCCGGGCGCCCUAGCGAGCGCGGGCCCGGCGCCGGGCCCGGGCAGACGGCCGGGGGCGUCUCCGCCGAGACUCUUCUCUGUGGCCCCUGAGGGCGAGGGCGAAGGCGAGGCUGAGCGGGGCCGAAACCAUGAACCGGAGUUUUCACAAGUCUCAGACCCUACGCUUCUACGAUUGCAGCGCGGUGGAAGUCAAGAGCAAGUUUGGGGCCGAAUUCCGAAGGUUCUCCUUGGACCGCCAUAAGCCUGGGAAGUUUGAAGAUUUCUACCAGCUGGUCGUGCACACUCACCACAUCUCUAACACCGAAGUCACCAUUGGCUAUGCAGACGUACACGGGGACCUGCUGCCCAUCAACAACGAUGACAACUUCUGCAAGGCGGUCUCCAGUGCAAACCCCUUGCUUAGGGUCUUCAUCCAGAAGCGAGAAGAGGCAGACCACUACAGCUUUGGAACAGGCACUCUGUCCAGGAAGAAGAAAGUGCUGGUGACCCUGAGGGAUGAGGGUCUGCGCCGGCGUGCGCACCUCAACAUCAGCAUGCCCCAUGACUUCCGCCCAGUGUCCUCCAUCAUUGAUGUGGACAUACUCCCCGAGACACAUCGCCGAGUGAGGCUCUACAGGCAUGGCUGUGAAAAACCACUGGGCUUCUACAUCCGAGAUGGCACCAGCGUGCGUGUGACCCCUCACGGGCUAGAGAAAGUACCGGGUAUCUUCAUUUCCCGAAUGGUGCCUGGGGGCCUUGCAGAGAGCACCGGGCUACUGGCUGUGAAUGACGAAGUCCUGGAGGUAAACGGGAUCGAGGUAGCUGGAAAGACAUUGGAUCAGGUCACAGACAUGAUGAUCGCCAACAGCCACAACCUCAUCGUCACCGUCAAGCCUGCCAACCAAAGGAACAACGUGGUCCGCAGCAGCCGCACAUCCAGUAGCUCUGUCCAGUCCACAGACAGCGCCACCAGUCACCACAGCCUGCCAGCCGCCCAUGUCCUGCAGAAUUUCCACCCCGAAGAGAUGGAGAGUGAUGAGGAAGCCGACAUUGUCAUUGAGGGGGCUCUGGAACCUCAGCACAUUCCCAAGACACAGGCUGUACCUCCAGGCAGCCUCUCCAGGGCCAAUGGAACCAGCCUUGCCCACAGGCUGCACAGGGACACGGUCCUACACAGCUCUGGGAGGGAGAGCAAUGGCAGCAUUCACAGAUUUCUCAGCUCCCUGAAACCAGACCCCAGACACAGCCUGGUCCUCCCUCAAGGAGGCGUGGAGGAGCAUGGGCCAGCCAUCACACUCUAGGGCUUGAGCCACUUGGGCAGGCUGAGCCCCCAGACACACUGCGUGGCAUCAAGACCCGUGGGUGGCAAGUGUUGAGUAGCAUGUAGUACUUAUUAGAUGUAUAGUGACUCCAAAAGGAAAUACUUUAAUUUUUUAUGUCAAUUUUAAAAUAAGAAAAGUAAUUGUGUACUUCAUCUUUUUUUCUUUUUUCAUCAUCAUUCCUACAACCCUAUUCUUUAUUUAAUAAGCUUUUGGACAAGAAUACUGUCUAUUUUUAUAGGAUUUUUUUCACGGGCCUUAAAACUAAACACACCUGCACAUAUUCUGAGCCAGGCCUCAGUGUAUGUCCAGAAUCUUUGCAGAGUGAAACAAAAUGCUAAAAGUACAGUGUUUUUAAAUUUUCUUAAAUACUUGUUUUUAAAGUGAUGCUUUAUGGAUAACUUUUUU